AUGGUCGCUCUGGUUUCAAGCUCGAUCAGUGUCGCUGUGUCGGUGUAUUUGUGUGAGAGAUUUACUGCCGACAGUCCCACAGCCAGCUCGUUAGGAAAGGGUAGCAUGCGUGCUCAAUGCUGCGAGGAUUUUUGCGAUAUGGUUAAUAGGAUCGUGGACAAAUUGUUCCUGGCUAUUAGUCAGGCCAUCGGAAAGGAGUAUGCAUUUUUUUCGGUAUCGCUGAUUACACGUCUCUAUAAUGGCAGGACUGGUUCCACAGGAAGCGAUGCUGCGGCAUUCAUUAAGAAAAGGGUGGCAGGUGCGAACGAACACCCGCGUGUUGAAGCUAUAAUGCCGGAAGUCCUCCACAGACCAAAACACUGCUUAUCGACAAGGACUACGUUCUUCUAUUAUAAAUCAUUCAAGGACAUUCGUACAACGAACAAUAACCUUUUGCUAACGAUGUCGGUGUCGUUGUGCUCAUUUUACCGCCGAAGGAGCCCUCCAAUGCGUACUCAUGGAUUCAGUUUGCAAAUGUUCUGA